UAGAAAGCCUUUUCUUUUUCAUGACACAUUUUCUGAAAAUCUUGACAAAGACGAGUGUUGGAAAAUAGCAAGGUUGAGACUAUUAGUUGCCUCUCACAUCAAAGACGGCAAUGACUUGGGCGCUCUAUAUUAAACUCACUCCAACAAACAAGAUUGACUAGCUCUCACAAUAUUGUUGUUUUCCCCAUAUAAUAACUCCACAUACUCCAAGUUCCCAAAUCAUUUCCUCACUCAAAUCAUGCUUGACAUACAACAAGAACUUGAUGGAACUCAUCUUUGUUCCUCCAGUCCACCCUACAAGAUGCACGCCCGACGAAAGAGCACCGGAGACGGCAAAUUUGAUCUCUUGGGUGGUCGUAGAUCAGAGCACUACGAGAGUUUUGGUGAUCAUUUCAGUUUCAGCACUGAACUAGAGUCUCAAGUUGAAACAUGUGAUGAAGAAAGGUUUGGCUUUUACUCGCCACCGUUAUGGAGGACUAAUAAAUGUUCAGGAACUACCAAAUAUGAAUCUUUUCCUUUGCUUCCACACAACCAUCACUACAGCAAUCUCUCCCCAAAUUCGAGGAGGCAAGUAAUUACCGAAGGAAGGAGAGAGCUCAUGGAAAUGAUCCAAAACAUGCCUGAAUCUUGCUAUGAACUCUCUUUGAAAGAUCUUGUUGAUAAGCAGCAUGGUUUGCAGGAGGGCGAGGAAGAGAAUACUGUCAUCAAAGAUGAGAAUUCCAACUUCGACGUCCCAACACAGAUCAGGAAGCUGAAGAAACAGAAGAGGACCAUAAAUAGAGGGCAGAUAACAAGGACGGGAAGUAUGGAAAGCGAGACUUUCCUGAUCAAAAUGUUCUUUCCGACUUCUCUGGGUUCGAAGAAGAAAGCAAAAGCGGGGAAUCGAGCUAGAGUUUCUUCUAUCAAAUCAACUAAGCAAUCGGAAACCGAUACAGAGAAAGUUCAGUGGAUAAAGGGGCUUUUUGUCGUGGGGAGAAGUAAAAAGAUUUGCAGGAGUAGCACUAGCGGAAGCAGUAGUAGCAGCAACAGCAGCAGUGGUGGCAGAUAUUCUGGUGAAAGCGAUUUCGUACCUGGUUGCUGGCCCUUUUUCACUUGCAAAAAAAGCAAAAGCAUGAGGGAGAAAGAUUGCAUCUUCCGAACGGGAAAUUAAGUGUUAAACCCUGCACCAGUAAUCAAGAUAGAAUAGUUGACUUAAGGAAAUGUUUGCCACAAAAAUUGAAAUGUACAUAAUCCAGGCAGAAUUCAUCACUGUACUUUCAUGCAUACUAUCCUUGAGAGUAGUUACUUUUGAAGAUUA